GUAAUGUAAGGUUAGGUGAAGUAAAUGUUGCACUACUGGAGCUGUUGGAGCUGCAUAAUAGUAGGAUUACGACGGAUUACGGAACGGUCUUCAGCUCUGAAAUUGAAUGAUUAUGCCAACAACGCUCUGAUUUGUUCAAUUUGGCAUUAAGUGCUAUUUUCAUUUGUGAACGUGCAUUGAUAUACGACAAUCUCUGUUUACAAAAGUCAUUGGUGAUAGAAAUAAUAAAUUAAAAUAGUGUAUUCUGGCACAUUUUAAAUAUGUCUAAACCAUCUCAGCUGUGUAAUAUGGACUCGUACGAGCAAAGUGUCUUUGUAUCGUUCUUCAAACGUUUCCCUGAGAAACCUGCUACAACAGUAAGAUUCUUCAAUCGCAUAGACUAUUACACAUUGCAUGGUUCUAAUGCUGUUUAUGCUGCCAAAGAAUUUUUUAAAAGUUCUGCAGUUAUCAAAUACAUUGGCUCAGGUACAGAGAAGUUAGAGUCGCUGAUCCUGAACAAAGCACAGUUUGAGGGGUUUGUGCGAGAGCUACUGCUUGUGAAACAGUACAGGGUUGAGGUCUACACCAAAAGCUCUACAGCUUCCAAUGAUUCUUGGCAACUUGAGUUCAAGGGCUCGCCUGGAAAUUUGUACCAGUUUGAAGAUUUGCUGUUCUCCAACUCAGACCAGGUUGCCGGUUCAGGCAUCAUAGCAGUUCGCCCCUCCACUGACCACCAGUCUAAGGUUGUGGGAGUUGCUCUGGUUGACACCAUAGAAAACACAUUUUCUGUGUGUGAGUUUGCUGAUGACGAUUACUACAGCAAUCUUGAGAGCUUGGUGGUCCAGCUAACUCUUAGAGAGUGUCUUCUGCCUUCCGACAACAUUGCUGAUGUAGAAACUAUUAAAAAAGUGAUCGAGAGGAGUGGUUUACUGGUUACUUCUCGAAAGCGCUCUGAAUUUAACCGAGAUGACACUACUCAAGACCUCAAUCGACUGAUCAUGUUUGAGGAAGGGCAGCAACAGAGCGUCAAUGCUCUGCCUGAGAGCAAGUUUACUACAGCUCUCUCUGCACUUGGAGCCAUUAUUAGAUAUUUAGAGCUGUGUAAUGAUGGAGAAAACUUUGGACAGUUCAAACUGCAGCUUCUGGACCACAGUAGGUUUGUUCACCUGGACUCGGCUGCAGUGGCUGCCCUCAGUUUACUGCCACAGCCUGGACACUCAGCUGCUAAACAUCACAGUGUCUUAGGACUGCUGGACCACUGUCGAACCCAGCAAGGUCAUCGAUUGAUGGCUCAAUGGGUGAAGCAGCCUCUGAGAGACCUGGCAGCUAUUAAUGAACGUCAUGAUAUAGUAAAUACUAUAGCCAAUGAUACAGGGCUCCGUCAAGCCCUGACAGAGGAGAACUUACGUCACAUACCUGAUCUUCAAGUUCUAUCAAAUCGUCUCCAACGAAAAAAGGCAUCAAUGCAAGAUUGUUACAGGAUAUAUCAAGCUUUAAAGAAAUUCCCAUUUCUUCUCGAGACUCUAGGUGAAGAAAAUGUUACAAUAAGUAGUGUAUUCUUUCAACCCAUGCAAGCUCUAUUACUGGACAUGCAAAAUCUCCAGGAAAUGAUUGAAUCUACACUGGAUUUCAGUUUGGUUGACAAAGGAGAGUUUUUGAUAAAACCAGAAUUUGAUGAUGAUCUAAAAGAACUGAGGUAUAAAAUGGACAGUUAUGAAGAUGACAUUAGAAAAACUUUGAACAAAGCUGCAAGAGAUCUUUCAUUGGAACCUGGCAAGACAAUCAAAUUGGAGUCCAACUCACAAUAUGGUUAUUUCUUCAGAGUGACUUUAAAGGAUGAAAAAGUGAUUCGCAAUGUAAAAGGAUACACAGAGUUGGAUGCAAACAAGAGUGGAGUGCGGUUCCGCAGCAACGAGUUGACGGAUCUUAACAAUGAAUAUCAACAAGCAAGAGAUGAGUAUACCAAACAGCAGGAGGCUAUUGUUGCCGAGGUUAUAAGUGUUGCAGCCGGGUACAGCCAGACACUUCAGAGCCUAGGUCAUCUGGUCGCUCAGCUGGACGUGUUGACAAGUCUGGCAAUGGUAGCAGUGAGUGCUCCUGUGCCGUAUGUGCGCCCAGUCAUGCACGCUAAAGACACUGGAAUCCUCUCACUCAAACAGGCUCGCCAUCCUUGCCUAGAAAUGCAAGAGGCAGUCUCGUACAUUGCUAAUGAUGUGAAUUUCAAACAAGGCGAAUGCACAUUCUGCAUGGUGACAGGACCAAACAUGGGAGGUAAAAGUACAUUCAUCCGCAGUAUUGGUGUAGUGGCACUUCUCGCACAUAUUGGCAGUUUCGUGCCCUGCGAGUUUGCUGAGAUAUCGGUGUUGGACAGUAUUCUUGCCCGUGUUGGAGCCAGCGAUUCUCAAGUCAAGGGGAUGUCCACUUUCAUGGUAGAAAUGGUGGAAACUGCUUCUAUUAUCAGGACUGCUACGAGCAACUCUUUGGUGAUAAUUGAUGAAUUAGGAAGAGGAACAUCUACGUUUGAAGGUUGUGGAAUAGCCUGGGCAAUUGCAGAGCAUUUAGCAGUAACAUCAAAAUCAUUCACAUUGUUUGCCACUCACUUCCAUGAGCUGACUCGGUUGUCAGAGAGUGUAAAGACACUGGCCAAUCUGCAUGUGACUGCAGUAACUGAGCAAGACACUCUGACUCUGCUGUACCAGGUGCGCCCAGGUGCCUGUGACCAGAGCUUUGGAAUCCAUAUUGCCCAAAUGGCCAGGUUCCCACCAUCAGUCAUACAGGACGCUAAGAGGAAGCUCUCAGAACUUGAAGAUCAUCAGAGUCUGAUAAUAGCAGAGAAUGAUGAAAAAAAACGCAAAAUUAUCCAGGAUGGAGAGAAGAUAAUGGAAGAAAUUAUAGAGGAGUGCAAGAAAUUGAAACAACAGAAUCUUGUUGAUAGUGAUGUAGCAGCAGCCAUCGCAAAACUAAAAAAAGAAGCACUAUCACGAAACAAUCCUUAUAUUAAUGCACUAUUAGCUAAGGCCUGAAUCUUUUUUAUUGUAAAUUUUGUGCUCAGUGUAUUAUAUUGUUAAAUAAUAAUAACAAAUUUGUAAUA